GACACUCCAAGGUCGCUCGCGAUUUCGUCGCCGGAUAAAGAAAAAUGGACUCAGAGCGAGGUCUCGGAGCGAGGUAGAAAGGUCGCUCCAGCUGGGAGCGACGUUAUGGGAGCGACACCUCGGAGUCGCUCGCAGUUUCGACGAAACGGAGCUCAAAAACUGACCCGGAGCGACACCCUAAAGCGACACCUUGACGUCGCUCCAGCUCAGAGCGAGGUUUCUAGAGCGAUACUCGAAGGUCGCUCGCGGUAUAGUCAAAACACGACACGAGGAAACGACUCGGGAGCGACAUGUCCCAGCGACACCCUCACGUCGCUCCCGAACCGGUCCAGGUAAGUUUCCUAACUCUAAACCCCGGUUUAAUUCAAGUAAACCGACACUAACCACCCUAGACCGAACCGGACGACCCUAAACCUACCCCAACCCCCGCGACUCCAUCUCUAUCACUCUCCCCUCCUCUCAAAAACUCACAAACUCUCUCAAACUCACCCACACCAAAAUUCCCAAAACCUUCUCAAUUCUCACCCAAAUCAACUAGUUCUUGUUUCUAAAUCCAAGCUUUCGCCCCUGUAGUCUAUUCUUCACUACCCAUUCACCAUUUCCUUUCAUCCAGAGCAAGGUGAAAAUGGUUAAGAAGACAAAGGGAAGGUUGGAAGCUGAGAGGCAAGAAGCCGAAAGUCAAGAGUUUGCACUAAGAGGAAAAGCUUUAACCAGCGAGCCAACUGGCUCAGGGACGCAGAGGACUGUGCGACAGCAGACGUUGGCUGCAAAGAAAUUGAAAGAACACGAGAAGAGGGCAGGAAAAAGCGUACCAGUUCCCACCCAUGAGGAAGGUGAAACUGAGAGUGAAGAUGAGCCGGCACCUACGAAGAAAGCCAAAAUGUCAAAGGGCAAAGGGGUUGCUGUUGAUCGAGACAGAACGAAAACUCCAUCUGUGGAGGAGCUAUAUGAUCAUUUGAAGAAUGGAGUCACUUGGGCUCCAACCAGGUUUGCCGACCUCGAUUUGCUGAAGGAGUUGGUCUAGAGUCUGAUUUUGAGACGAUGCUGGGACAUUUGAAGAUGCCAAAACUCCUCACCAUGGCUUAUCCUUUCUACAAGGAUGUCACUUGUCAGUUCCUAUCCUCUCUUGUGGUCACUUACCAUGACACGGCGCAUGUGAGACAAGGAUGGGGAAAAAUCAGGUUCAAGGUCAAUGGAAGAGAAUUCAACAUGAACUUCAAGGACAUUGGGAGGGUCAUGGGGUUCCAACACCUAGAAGACCACUCACUUCCCAAGUGUGAGAACCUCCCCACAGAGCUCUGGAAGUUGAUCACUGGAAACAAGAACUCUACCGGGGCGGACAAGAACUCACACAUCCGACACCCGUCUGUACGCUACCUCCACAGAUUGCUAGUCCAUGCUUUUUACCCACGGAAGCAAGCUGGUACGGUUACUGAGGAAGACAUGCGACUGCUCUGUCCGGCUAUCCGUCCCUAUGCUCAACCUGGAGUGUUACCCCUUCCCAACACUGACAUCUAUGCUACCUUUGGGAUUGUCAGUUUCUUUGUGGGCCGUCUCGAGCACUAAAGAGACUGGGCGUGGUACACCACUGAUUCGCGCCCAAAGAUGGGGAUAGGCGGAAUGAUCACACCACUGCUCCAAUUUCUGAAUGUUCCCUUGGGAAAGGAUGCAGCGGGGCCUAGGUUCAUUGAUGGCACCUACUUGAGGAUUGCCACCUAUUUCAGUGGGAUGUAUGGGAAGGACUACGUCUACCACUACUACUUGCAGGGCAAGCCAGUCGAGGUGGUUCUUCCAAACCGGAACCUGACGAGUUUAGAGAUACCUGGAGCUGUCAGCUUCAACAUUCCCCAGGAGUACUUUCUCGGAGAACACGGGCCUCUCGAUCCAAUUCAAGCAGCUCCAUCAAGGAAAAGGAGUGUCCCUACGCAACCUGACUCGCCUGUUGCAGACACAUCUGAGCAUAUCUAUGGACCUCCGCGCUACUACUUCAAGCCCCAUGACGGAGUCCUUCCACCUGGAGCUCUCCGUGAUGCUCAUGACCACAUUGGUCGUCUCCAGAGGUGGAACAAAGCUCAGGACAGAACGAUAGAAAAGCUGAAGGAUAAGUGCAAGGCGCUCAGCAAGACUGUGAAGAAGCAGGCAAAGACUUCAGCCAAGUUCAUGAAGAAAGUAGCUGAUGUCUUAACUAGGGGAGGAAUAGCUGGAUGUAGCUCAGCCGAUUUCGCUUUCGUGAACACCUCAAACCGCCAGCCUCAACCACCGCCUGAUGCUCUUGGCUUCCCCCUCACUGCUGCGCAGCUUCAGCGUAAGUGGAGGAACCCACCCACUCAACCUUCCACUUCAGGCAACAAAUCCCCAUCCCUCGCUUCUUCAGACAGUGAGGACGAGAUUGACGAGGUUGAGAGCCAACCAUGGUAUGGAGGCUCCGGUUCAGCAUCCGGUGGUUACUACACCACCUUCCCUCCUGACGACGACGAUGCUGGGGCAUCUGCCCCCACAUACUAUCCAUAA